GAGGGGAGCUCCGUUCGGUGGUGACACCUUCGUUCGGCGGUCACACCCUCGUGCUUGACUUCUAAAGACUCGUGUUAUGUGAGGAAGAACUGCUGAAGGGGAGGAAGAGGAAAGAAAAGGAAUCAGGAAUGGUUCUUACUCAGGGACGCUUGACAUUCAGGGAUGUGGCCAUAGAAUUCUCUCAGGAGGAGUGGAAAUGCCUGGACCCUGCUCAGAGGGCUUUAUACAGGGAUGUGAUGUUGGAGAACUACAGGAACUUGGUCUUCCUGGGAUACUCUCUUCCUGACCUGAAUAUUAUCUCCAUGUUGGAGCAAGGGAAAGAGCCCUGGACUGUGGAGAUCCAAGUGAAAAUAGCAAGAAAACCAAAGGGGAGGGAAUGGAUCAAAGGUGGUAACACAGAUAUCUCUCCUAAAUGUGUGAACAUGGUAUUAUCACCAAAAGGGAAAAGUAAUAUAGGAGAAGUAUUUCACACAGUGAUUUUGGAAAGACAUGACGGCCAUAACAGUGAAGAUUUUUGCUUCAGAAAAAUCCAGAGAAAUAAGCAUGACUUUGAGUGUCAGUGGAGAGAUGAUGACAGAUAUUACAAUGGAGUGCCCAUGAUAAAAAAAGAAAAUCUUACUGGUAGAACAGAUAAAUAUGAUAGAAGGGAAGCAGAAAACAAGCCUAUUAAAAAUCACUUUGGAUUAAACUCUCACUCACAUCUGCCUCAACAGCAGCUAUUUCAAGCCAAACGGAAAAUUUAUAACCAUAAUGAAAUUCAGAAAGCUAUCAACAACAGAUUCUCAUUUUCUCCACCCCAAAGAAUACCUUCAAGUGUCGAAAUUCUUAUUUCUAAUAAAGAUGGAACUGAUUUUAUCUUUUCUUCCUCACUAACUCAAGAUCAGAAAGUACACAUUAAGGAAAAACUUUGCAAAUGUAAUAAAUGUGGCAAAGCCUUUAGUGAUAGUUUAACACUUACUAAACAUCAAGUAAUUCAUAAUAGAGAAAAAUCUUACAAAUGUAAUGAAUGUGGCAAGGUCUUCAGUCAAACGUCAACCCUUGCAAGUCAUCACAGAAUUCACACUGGAGAGAAACCAUAUAAGUGUAGUGAAUGUGGCAAGGUCUUCCGUAAAAAUACACACCUUGCAGUUCAUCAGAGAAUUCAUACAGGAGAGAAACCUUACAAGUGUAAUGAGUGUGGCAAAGCCUUUAGUGAUAGUUCAGUUCUAACUAACCAUCAGACAAUUCAUACUGGAGAGAAACCUUACAAAUGUGAUGAAUGUGGAAAGGUCUUCAGUCAAAGGUCAAGCCUUGCAAGUCAUCGGAGAAUUCAUACUGGAGAAAAACCUUACAAAUGUAAUGAGUGUGGAAAGGUCUUUCGUAAAAAUGCACAUCUUGCAGUUCAUCAGAGAAUUCAUACAGGAGAGAAACCUUACAAGUGUAAUGAGUGUGGCAAAGCCUUUAGUGAUAGUUCAGUUCUAACUAACCAUCAGACAAUUCAUACUGGAGAGAAACCUUACAAAUGUGAUGAAUGUGGCAAGGUCUUCAGUCAAAGGUCACACCUGGCAAGUCAUCGGAGAAUUCAUACUGGAGAGAAACCUUACAAAUGUAAUGAGUGUGACAAGGUCUUCAGUCAAAAUUCAAGCCUCGCAUGUCAUCGCAGAGUUCAUACGGGAGAGAAAGCUUAUAAGUGUAGUGAGUGUGACAAAGCCUUUUAUACACAUUCAAGCCUAACUACCCAUCAGGCAAUCCAUACUGGAGAAAAGCCUUACAAAUGUAGUGAAUGUGGAAAGGUCUUCCGUCAAAAUGCACACCUUACAAUUCAUCAGAGAAUUCAUACUGGAGAGAAACCUUACAAGUGUAAUGAAUGUGGCAAAGCAUUUAGUGCAUCUUCAACCUUAACUACCCACCAAGUAAUCCAUACUGGAGAAAAACCUUAUAAAUGUAAUGAAUGUGGCAAAGACUUCAGUCACAAGUCAUACCUGGCAGGUCAUUGGAGAAUUCAUACUGGAGAAAAGCCUUACAAAUGUGAUACAUGUGGCAAAGCCUUUAGUGAUAGUUUAAAUCUUACUAAACAUCAAGUAAUCCAUAGUGGAGAAAAAUCUUACAAAUGUAAUGAAUGUGGUAAGGUGUUCAGUCAAAGGUCAAGCCUUGCAAGUCAUCGGAGAAUUCAUACUGGAGAAAAACCUUACAAGUGCAAUGAGUGUGGAAAGGUCUUCCGUAAAAAUGCACACCUUGCAGUUCAUCAGAGAAUUCAUACAGGAGAGAAACCUUACAAGUGUAAGGAGUGUGGCAAAGCCUUUAGUGAUAGUUCAGUUCUAACUAACCAUCAGACAAUUCAUACUGGAGAGAAACCUUACAAAUGUGAUGAAUGUGGCAAGGUCUUCAGUCAAAGGUCACACCUGGCAAGUCAUCGGAGAAUUCAUACUGGAGAGAAACCUUACAAAUGUAAUGAGUGUGGCAAGGUCUUCAGUCAAACCUCAAGCCUCACAGGUCAUCGCAGAGUUCAUACUGGAGAGAAACCUUACAAGUGUAAUGAGUGUGGCAAAGCCUUUUAUACACAUUCAAGCCUAACUACCCAUCAGGCAAUCCAUACUGGAGAAAAACCUUACAAAUGUAGUGAAUGUGGAAAGGUUUUCCGUCAAAAUGCACACCUUACAAUUCAUCAGAGAAUUCAUACUGGAGAGAAACCUUACAAGUGUAAUGAAUGUGGCAAAGCAUUUAGUGCAUCUUCAACCCUAACUACCCAUCAAGUAAUCCAUACUGGAGAAAAACCUUAUAAAUGUAAUGAAUGUGGUAAGGACUUCAGUCAAAGGUCACACUUGGCAGGUCAUUGUCGGAUUCAUACUGGAGAAAAACCUUACAAAUGUAAUGAAUGUGGCAAGGUCUUCAAUCAGACUUCAAGCCUUGCAAGUCAUCGGAGAACUCAUACGGGAGAAAAACCUUACAAGUGUAAUGAGUGUGGCAAAGCCUUUAGUAUUCGUUCAAGCCUAGGUACCCAUCAGGUAAUCCAUACUGGAGAAUACCCUUACAAGGGUAAUGACUGUGGCAAGGUCUUUAGUCAACCUUCAAGCCUUACAAGUCAUCAGAUAAUCCAUACUGAAGAAAAACCUUAUAAAUGCCAUGAGUGUGACAAGGUCUUCAAGCACAGUUCACUCCUCACACAACAUCAUAGAAUACAUUCUUGAAAUCAUCCUUACAAGCACAAUGACUAUGGCAAUUUAUCAUGAGUUAACUGAGAUCAGAGAGUUUAUACUAAAGAGAAAUCAUAAAACAGAUGUAUGUGUCUUUCUCCAGGUUUUACAACUCACUAGACACCAAAAUAUAUUUUUGAUGAAACCACAGAAGUGUAAAUACUGAGGCUAUUAAGCAAGGGUCAACAUUGUACAUCCGAGGAUUUUACAUGAGGAAUAACUCAGUCUCUUGAUCUCCAACAUUAAGUCAAAAUAUGUUAAAACUCAUGACAUGAUAUGUAUCCAAGGUUCCAAGACAUUUGGAAAUGGCUGGUUCCCUUGAGGUUAUAGAAUACUUUAUUCCAUUAUUUGAGGUUUCUUGAAUAGGCUAUUAUUUAUGACUUUCAACCUGAACUUUGAAAUUUGUUGAUAUGCCUCCUUGCAUGCCUUUCAUGGUGUCCCUGGGUAAAAAUCAGUAGGCUGAAAGGUCCUGCUUUAUUAGGUGAAGGUCGUUUCUGUCCAAGUUCUUUGAAGAAAAGGGCUCUGCCAUUUUAAAAUUUGAUAUUUUCUGAAUUAGAGGGCAUGGAGAAGUGGCAGAGAAUAUUGUAAAACUAUGUUGUGAAUCAUUAUGCCUAUUGUGCUCAGGGUGCCCUACUUCUGACACAUGGGCACCUUGAGUAAUAGGAAAGGAAAGCUCUACCAACUCACCAUGAAAUACAGCCUGCCAACACCUUAGGAGAUUGGGAUUUUUAUAGGAAUAGGAUGAUAUUUUAUGGGGGACUGAAUAUGUGGUAGAAAUAAUACAGGGGAAAUGGUGGCCUCUUCAUUGAAAGGCAAUAGCUGUUGUAUACUAAAGAGUGGUGAAGCAGUCUUAUUUUUGAAAUUGGAAAGAACAGUUAUCAAGGUGGAGUGUGUUAUCAAUGAGAAUAGCAUCUUCAGUAGGAUUCACAUUUAACUGAUGGCAUAUUUUGCUACUGUUUUAUUCGUAAUUGUUCAUAGGUUUGAUGUUUUAAUGAAUAAAAUUUAAUUUUUUAGAGUUAUGAAUGAAUCAUGUUCUUUCUACCAAUAUGGUUUUAUCCUACCUAGUAGGACACUUCAUAACCGACAAUAACAAUGCACCAGUAGGCUCUUAAGGUUGAAGGAUCUGUAACAAUUUUUUUUCUUGAUGGAAUCAAAUGACAUAUAGUUUUGGGAACACAUAUUUCUGCAGUAUGCUUGAGUUAUUUUCUCCACACUGUGCCCUAGGAUACUUAUGAGGGUAUUAUGAAAAUCCAAUAGUAGUGCAACUUUGAACACUUACACCUUAAAACCUGCAUCAUUUUUUAUGAAUAUGCACUGUAUUGUAUUUCUACAUGCCU